AUGUUCGUCGGUCGGCCGCUUGAUAUGAGUAAGGAGAAAAUAGGAAGGAGAACAAGAAGUACAGUUGAGAACAGGAACCUCGGAAAUGUCAAUGUCUAUUACGAGACUAGUGUCGCGGUAGUCGCAGUAGCUGAUCGGACUUUAGAGUGGAUGCACCGUGGAGGAUUCGAUGGCGUCGCUAAAAUGGAUGCCGUUACUGCCGGGGUCGCUGUUGCUGCCAGGAAUAGCGCCUGA